AUGUCGAAAAUACGAGAAAUCGAUGUAGAUUUGAAAAAUCAGACAGCUUGGGUGGGAACUGGUGCCAUACUAGCCGGUGUUUGCCCUAGUGUAGGCAUUGGCGGGCAUUUCAGUGGAGGGGGACAAGGUAUGUUAACGAGGAAAUAUGGUCUAGCAGCUGAUAACGUUAUUGAUGCUGUAAUUGUUGAUGCUCAAGGAAGAAUAAUUGAUCGAAAUAUGAUGGGGGAGGAUCUUUUUUGGGCUAUUAGAGGAGGAGGAGCAGCGAGUUUCGGAGUUGUAGUCAAAUGGAAGAUCAAAUUAGUGCCAGUACCUCCAAUAGUCACGACAUUAUACCACAUCCCAAAGAUCAUUAGCAUCCAAAUAGGACUUCAUUUUAACAGCCCAGAUUUGGUAAUUUUCACCAGCGAAACUUGGAGGAUUGGACAAGAAGUUGUUUCCUGGCAUUUUGAUGUUGAGGGCUUAAGUGUGAAAAAGGAAUUCUCACCAGAUUUACUCACUCUCAAAGAAACAGACCCUGUUCCUGAAUUGUCGGAAGAUCCAACAAAGUGCUGGCUAAAAUCAGCCUUAUUUUUCUAUUUCUACGAGGCACCGGAAACUGUGGAAGACUUGAUAGAUAGGAACCAUUAUCCAGGUGUUUAUUUUAAAGCAAAAUCAGAUAAUGUAACAUUGCCAAUUAAAGAAACUUCCCUUGAUGCAAUAUGGGAUGUGUUUAAAGAAGGAACACCAGGAAGUAUUCUUUUGCAGCCUUAUGGGGGAAUAUUCAAUGAAAUUCCAAGGAGUCAGACUCCUUUCCCUCACAGAGCUGGGACUCUGUACAAUGUACAUUAUUACGCAAUGUGGCAUGGAGAGAGAACUUAUAUCAUCAAAGAGAGAUUGGAUUGGCUGCAUAGGAUCUAUGAUUUCAUGGGUGAUUUCGUCGAAAAACCAAGGACUGCAUACCAAAUUACAGGGAUUUAG